CCGCCUAUUCCGCACACAAUGAGCUCCACUCUCGGCAGCAUUCCUACCACCCAGCGCGCUGCUCAGAUACGCGAGUUUGGCAAACCCCUCGUUGUCGACUCCAACUUGCCCGUACCUUCUCCCGAAUCGCUCGCCCCCGGAGAAUGCCUCGUCAAGAUGGAGUGCGCAGGCGUCUGCCAGAGCGACCUUCACGCGCGCAACGGUGACUGGACGCUGAAGCCUAAGCUCCCGCUCAUUUGCGGGCACGAGGGCGUCGGCCGCGUCGUGGCGAUCGGUAAAGAUACGUACCAGGCUGAAUGCGCCGUCCGGCUUGGUGAUCGCGUCGGUAUCAAGUGGAUGGCACGUGCAUGCCUCCGCUGCGAGUGGUGCCGCAAGGGCGAUGAAGCCUGCUGUCCGUCUCGCAAAGUCCAUGGCUUUGGCAUUAACGGCACUUUUGCGGAGUACACAGUAACGUACAUCGACUAUGUCACCCCCAUCCCCGCAGAGGUCAGCAGCGAAGAAGCUGUUCCCAUUCUGUGUGCCGGUCUUACGGUAUACAAAGGACUGAAGCAGUGCAAUGUUCAUAUCGGAGACUGGAUUGCCAUACCGGGAGCGGGUGGCGGACUGGGCCAUUUGGCCGUACAAUACGCCGUCAAUAUGGGUUUGCGCGUAAUUGCAAUUGACGCCGGAGAUGCGAAGCGCGACUUUUGCUUGAGCCUUGGAGCGGAGCACUUUAUCGACUUCCGCGAAAGCAUUGACCUCGUUCAAGACGUUAUUGAGGCUACGGAUGGUGGACCUCAUGCAGCCCUGGUCACCGCAGGAGGAUCAUUCCCGUAUGAACAAGCACUUGUCUAUCUGCGCCCAUCUGGGACGCUCGUAGCCGUCGGACAGGGAUCCGAUGACGCCAUCAAGGCACCAUUUGCGUUGUUGGUGGGCAAGCGGCUCAAGAUUGUGGGCUCAGCGCUAGGAACACGACAAGAUGCCAUUGAAGCUCUUGAUCUCGUUGCACGGGGCAAGGUGGUUACCCAGUACACUACUCGUCCUCUCGAGGACGUUGACAGCGUCUUUGAAGACCUUGCAGCAGGGAAGGUCACUGGACGAGUCGUGCUCCAAUUUUAGAACUGCAACAACUGAACGACUCCUCUACUACUCGCGGCGUACUUACGAUUGGGGGUAUUGAGUUGUGUCUAUAGAUUCUCUCGUUACAGCAGUCUGUAAAUCUAUUUAAUUGUCAGUGUACAUCUCUUUAUCUAGAGUGGUUUUGAAAGUGA